AUGGCGACUAGAAGGUUUCUUAUCGCUUGGACGAUCUGGCUCGCGUUGCCAUUGGCAACUGGCCAUCUUAAUGUGCUCAUUAGUCAGGCGGAGGUGAAAAAGUUAUUAGGUCUAGACGCGGAGUUGUACUAUGUUCGGGAGGGCGUGGUGAACACGUACGCUACUAGCUUCAUAGUGCCCGUGCCAGCGCACAUGACUGACUUGGAGUUCAUGUGGCAGGCGCUGGGACGGAAACCGUUGCCGUACGUGAUGGGUAUAGACUACGAGAGCCGCGGCGCCAUGCUGCCGCCGCAGGUCAAUAUAUCCGAGCGAGGAUAUGUGCCUACUACGCUACAGACGUUUAGAGUACGCCUGCCGUGUACGGGAACUAGAAGUGCAGAAAUACUGGUGACAAUGCAACUUAACAUCUCCGCGCCCGACCGUGCUCAUAAAGACGUUAAAUUGCUCUUUAAAAGAAAUAAAAUCUGCUUAAAAGGAUUAUCAACCGUCGUAACGCACAACGAAACGGCUCGCCUAGCUGGAGACGCGACACGUAGUUCAGGCGGCGUGCUGUUCGCGGCGGGCGGGUGCGCGGCCGCGGCUUUGGCGCUGCUUGCGGGCGCGGCGGCCGCUGGGACGCUCUACCGCCGCGGUAACAAGGCGAGGCACCAUGACUCCAUACACACGUCAUAUACGACUGCAGCGUACGGAAGCCACCAGAAUGUUCUAUUAAGACUGGACACGCUGGGACGACCGCCUAGCUCUACUGGUUCUUAUGCCACUAUAGCCAGCUUGCAUAAAUUUCCAUUCGGCAGUCGACGUUCACCAUCGCCAUACGCUACAACACACAUCGGAGAGCACGUGUACGCCAAGCCGGAGUCACGUGUCUCCUACUACGCUGCCUCGAACCUGACGCACGUUUCUCAGCAAACAGCAAAGGAUCGUAUAACAGACCCGUCGGAGCAACUCCGCUACCUGUCGGCUCCCCGCUCCAAUAUUCGUCUGGAGAUUUUAGUGCACGAGGGGACGUUUGGCAGAGUUUAUAAAGGAGUCUACAAACGUGGUGACACUUAUGAAGAGGUUAUUGUCAAGACUGUAACAGAAGCGGCAUCAACGAUGCAGGCGGCACUGUUCGUGGCUGAAGGUCUACGUCUCUGUGGUCUAGUUCAUGCCAACGUGCUCGCCCCGAUGGCCGCGUGCGCUGAAGAGGCUCGCAAACCACUUCUAGUUUACUGCUGUGUUUCACAUUCUACUAAUCUUAAGAGAUUCCUGACGUCAUGCCGAUUGGGCCAGCAGAGUACACCGGCGACGCGCGAGCUGGUGGAACUGGGCGCGCAGGCGGCGUGCGGCCUCGCCUACCUGCACGUGCAGCGGUUCAUACACGCUGAUAUCGCCGCCAGGAAUUGCAUACUGGACGAGAAGUUGAGACUGAAAGUGACUGACAAUGGUCUAUCGAGGGACCUGUUCCCAGACGACUAUCACUGUCUCGGAGACAACGAGAACAGACCGGUCAAGUGGAUGGCGCCUGAAUCACUGCUUCACAACCAGUACACCACAGCUUCAGAUGUGUGGUCACUAGGCAUAACACUAUGGGAGCUAGCAACGCUUGGCGCGGCGCCGCUCGCCGAGCUGGACGCAGCGGACGUGGGCGCCUUCCUCAGCGGCGGCUACCGGCCCUCGCAGCCACACAACUGUCCUGACGAGUUGUACGGACUUAUGUCGUGGUGUUGGACCACACUACCUUCAGGUCGACCUACGGCGCCCCAACUCCUCGCCGCCCUACACGAUUUUAGACAAGCUCUCAGCACUUACAUAUAA